CCAGUGUUACGUGACGUGAUGUCGCCAGCGUCUUUUUUUUUCACGUAGGAACUUAACCAUUAUCGUAACUGGACGAGUAGAUUUACAGGCAGAAUGGGAUAUUUUCCUUAUUGCCUGUUUUACUUGAUCGAGGAAUGCAGUGGGCUUUCUGGAUUCGUUGUCACUUAGACAAGCACAGGCAUUAUGUAUUUUUGAAAUCCCAGAAGAGGUGCAAGGGCUUAUGGGAUGGCAGCAGUUUGGCAGCAGGUGUUGGCUGUUGAUGCAAGGUACAAUGCUUAUCGCACCCCAAAUUUUCCUCAGUUCCGAACUCAGUACAUUCGACGCCGCAGUCAGCUGUUAAGGGAGAAUGCCAAGGCAGGCUAUGAUCCUCUUAUUCGGAAGCAGUAUGUGAAGCUACGCUGGCAGCUUUUGGCCCAGCGUUAUGGACCCCUUUCUGAUCAGAACAGCUUUCGGGCAUACAGCAACAGCAUCCGAAGUAGCCGUACAACCUUGGAUCGUAUGGAGGAUUUUGAAGAAGACCCUAGGGCACAAGGAGCACGUGGACACAGACGUUCAGUAAGUCGAGGGUCUUACCAGCUACAAGCACAGAUGAAUCGAGCAGUUUAUGAAGAAAGGCCCCCUGGGUGUGUGGUACCGACAUCAGUAGCGGAGGCAAGUCGUGCAAUGGCUGGCGAUACCACCCUGAGUGAAAACUAUGCCUUCGCUGGAAUGCACCACAUCUUUGACCAACAUGUGGAUAAUGCAGUUCCAAAGGUUCAAUUUGCAAAUGACGACAAGCACCUCCUAGCUUGCUGUUCUUUGGAUGGAACAAUUUCAAUCUGUCAGUUGGUUCCCUCACCACCCAUAGUGCUUAGAGUACUGAAAGGGCACACUAGGGGUGUGACAGAUUUUGCAUGGUCACUCUCUAAUGAUGUUAUUGUCUCCACCUCACUGGACACUACUAUGAGAAUAUGGGCAACAGAGGAUGGGAAGUGCAUUCGGGAGAUUGCAGACCCAGAUGGCUCAGAGCUACUGUGCUGUACCUUUCAGCCAAUGAACAACAACUUAACCGUUGUGGGCAAUGGUAAACACAAUGUUCAUGUCAUGAAUAUCUCCACUGGCAAAAAAGUGAAAGGAGGUUCUAGUAAAUUGACAGGGCGUGUCCUUUCACUCUCAUUUGAUUCACCAGGACGUAUCUUAUGGGCAGGUGACAACAGAGGCAGCAUAUACUCUUUCCUUUUUGAUAUGGCCACAGGGAAGCUGACAAAAGCAAAACGCCUAAUUGUAAAUGAAGGCAGUUCUAUCACCAGUAUAUCUGCACGAUCGUGGAUCAGUAGAGAAGCUCGUGACCCUUCCCUUCUUGUUAAUGCUUGCAUCAAUAAGUUGCUGCUUUACAGGUAA